GAGGCCUCUUCUCCUCCCCCUCUGCUUCCGACCCCCGCGUCUCCUCGACGAGUUCAAUACCUCGAUCCCCCGCGUCCCUUUCGCCGCUGCAUUGGCGGCCUUCACCGCCGCCACCACCUCCUCUGUCUCUUUGUUAUUCUUUCGGCACGCCGUGUCGGGACCUCAAACGACGGUUUGUUGUACACCGACGUCGCCCGAUCCACCGGACAUGGUUUCGAUGUCGCUUUAUUCGGUUUACCCAAGAACUUGUUUCUUCUCUUCUUUCCUCUCCUUUCGUUACCCAAGAAAUUAGCCCUCCCAAGAACAAGAACUCCCCUCCGUUAUGUCGUAUCUCUUCUUUCGUUUUGGAAUUGGGGCUAAUUUAUGUUUUCUUGACAUCUUGCCGCAGCUGGCUUCAAAGAAUUGGGAACAACAUGGUCUGAUGACCUUCCUGCCCUAGUGCAUGGCAUUAGGAAGAUCUGGUUGGUUCUAUAUCUUUCAGAUGACUGUUGAUGGUGAAGUGGUAAUCGAUCCCAGCAUUGUUCUCAGUGCCUUAGCUUGUGGCAGUUCACUAAAGUCAACUACUGCUGGAUGGAGAUUGGAGAUGCUUUAUUUGCUGAAUCGGGGAUGCCUCGUUUCCUCUAUGCUUCAUGUGGAGGUAUAAACAAUUUGGCCAUUUGAAGGCUCGACUUGCUCGACUCACCAGCAGCUCGAGUGGGCCGAGGAUUUUAAAGCUCUGCACUGAUACUCCAUGUGCAUAUCACAGACUGCGUCCUGCUCCGUGUAAGUUGUACUAGUAGUAAUGCUACCCACAUGGCCCAGAGAAAUGCAUAUUACAGUUUGAAGCUCGUCAGCGAUGUCAUGCGGAUUCCUACCAAUGAUCUUUAAUACCGCUAUGGGCCCGUACUACUAAUACUUCCAAAUGUGGCGGUCCUCCUCUCGUGCUCGGACGGCGGACAAUGCGAUGGCCCCCCCCAGGCGCAGAAAGGAAGACAGUAAAACCCGUGUCCUGACCGCCUGUGCUCCACCCACAUGGAGGAGGAUGACCCGCAUGUGCUAUCUAUCGAGAGAAGUUUCUUGUAAUUCUCUUGCAGUGGUGGAUCGCCCUGAAAACUUUCAAGGGGUGACAUGGUCGCUCAUCCAAACCUGGCCCCACGCAGCAUCACACCGUAAAUGAUUGCGGUGGUGGGAGCUCCGUUACGGCUUCGAUCGAUCGAUCAAGCAAGGUCCUUUCGGCAGCCCCGAACCUUUACACACACAAAUUAUGAUGGUAUCCUGCUGCUGACACACACAACGUAAGUCGUGGAUUGCACACAAAGAGAGCACACGCCACAGUCGGGGGAUGCAAGGCUCUUGCCAUUGCUAUCAUUUUUAUUUAUACAUGCAAGGAAGAGCCACUGCAUUAUUGGAUGGAAAGGCAAAGGCAAAAGGCAGAGGGGAUCUGGAGAGGGGCACGCAAUGCGUACCAUCCACCCUACGCCUGCCACUCUCCGGAAAGAUUCUCAGGGGAUGAAGCAGUAAACGACGCUACGGACGGAGGAGACACGUAUAAUAAAGGAGUGCUGAAUGACACUCCCAGGCUUUUCCUCCUCCCCGCCUCGAACCGGCCACCGCUUCACGGGUUGAAGCUUGCCGGGAGAGAGAGAGAGAGAGUGGACGGUGGUCUACUCCAACCCAUAUACUGUAGUUUUUGGUCGCCAUGGUCAAGUCCUUCCAUGUUCUGGGCGGCGACCAACCGUUGGGCGUCCCUGUUGAUUGCUAAUCUUAGGAUUUGUUUAUUCCGUCUCGGGUCGCACUCCCCAAGGACGAUAGGACGCUCCACAUCUCACCAGCUAAAACUGUUUCCGCAUGACGCACACGCAACACGCAACACGCGACCCCCGGACUUUGAUUCGCCGCACACGAUCGGCAUCGCAUGAUCUUUUGUAUCAUUAAAUUAGCCUUGACCGCCCACCUCCCUCACCCACUCGCCUUCAGCCCAAAGUUUACCGUUGCAAGUGGGACGCUUGUCGUCCCGUGCAGCCACUUGUCCCCAUCACCCCCCGCCCGGCCUUGGAUUCCACCGCACCCCUUCUUUUCCUUCCCCACACCACACACCCGCCCCCCGUUCCCCACCACCGCGCUCCUUUCGCCCUCCCUUUUCUCCACCAACACACUGCCACAAAAGACUCCCCUUCCACUCCACCAACCUUUCAUCCCAAGGUUUCCUUAACAUAACCCUCGUUCCAAGCCUCUCGAGCUCUCCGGCUCCUUUUUCUUUCCUAGCUCUCGAAUGAAGCUAUGAUACACCAAUUCACCAACAAUGCCACGACAACAGCAGCAACAGCGGCAGCGAGUGCUUUCGUUCUGGAGUUGCCGACUGGUUCCUCUUCUUGCGGCGGUGCUUCUCGUGUCUGUGUUGCAGGUGGGUGGCGGCGAGGCGGUGGUCUUCAACUUCCGGACGCUCACACUGGGGAACCUCAAGCUGUUGGGGGACGCGCACCUUAAGAACGGUAGCUUCCGCCUCUCCCGCGACCUCCCCGUCCCCAACUCCGGCGCCGGCCGCGCCCUCUACGCCGAGCCCGUCCGCCUCCGCCACCCUGCCACCCGUGUCCCCCUCCCCUUCUCCACCUUCUUCUCCUUCUCCAUCGUCAACCUCAAUCCCUCCUCCAUCGGCGGCGGCCUCGCCUUCCUCCUCGCCCCCGACGACACCUCCGUCGGCGACGCCGGCGGCUUCCUCGGCCUCGUCAACGCUACCGCCAGCGCCGCCCCCGGCCGCGCCUCCGUCGUCGCGGUCGAGUUCGACACGCGCAUGGACGUCGAGUUCGAGGACAUCAACGACAACCACGUAGGGGUGAACCUCGGCAGCUUGGUCUCCGCGCAAGUCGCCGACCUGGACUCCGUCGGGAUUGACCUGAAGAGCGGCGACCUCAUCAACGCCUGGAUCGAGUACGGCGGCGGCGCCGCAGGGUGGAUGCUUCAGGUCUUCGUUUCCUACUCCACCGUUCGCCCCGCCGAUCCCGUCCUCUCUUUCCCGGUCGAUCUCGGCCGGUACGUCGACGAUUUCGCGUUUGUUGGCUUCUCCGGAUCCACCCAGGGAAGCACCGAGAUCCACAGCGUCGAAUGGUGGAGCUUCUCCUCACCUUCUCUCGGCGCCUCCCCACCGUCCACGACGACGACAGCGCCUCCGCCUCCUGCAACCCUAGUCUUCCCAUUCUUUGGCCCAUCGCCGCCUUCCUUACCCCCUUCCGCCCCUGUCCCUGUAGCCGCCGAAAGCCCCAGCGAAGGAACUGUGCGGCCCUCCUCGACCUCGUCCUGCCAGAACAACGGGCUUUGUCGCCAGGGCCCAGCCGCGGUCGCUGGGGUGGCGACGGCCAGCGCCUUCGUCGUCGCGGCAGUUGCCGGCUUGGGCUUCUGGGUCUUCACCCGGAGGACAAAGUCACCCAAAAAAUGGGAACACUUGGCGGCGACGUCGGAGAUCGUCAACUCCCCGAGAGAGUUCAGCUACAGAGAGCUCGUCGUUGCCACUCGAGGCUUCGACUCAUCUCGUAUCAUUGGCCACGGCGCCUUCGGCACCGUCUACAAAGGGAUCAUCCCGGAGACGGGCGCGAUGGUGGCCGUCAAGAGGUGCAUCCAGAACGGGAGCGACAGCGGCGGGCAGCAGGCGAGGGCGGAGUUCCUCUCUGAGCUCUCCAUCAUUGCCGGUCUACGGCACAGGAAUUUAGUUCGCCUACAAGGUUGGUGCCACGAGAAGGGGGAGAUCCUCUUGGUCUACGACUACAUGAUCCACGGAAGUCUCGACAAGGCUCUGUUCGAUCCAAAGGCGCCGCCUUUGGGGUGGCGGCACCGCAAGAAGAUACUCAUCGGGGUGGCUUCCGCCCUCGCCUACCUCCACCGCGAGUGCGAGAACCAGGUGAUCCACCGCGACGUCAAGUCGAGCAAUGUGAUGCUCGACGAGGACUACCACGCCAGGCUCGGAGACUUCGGACUAGCGCGCCAGGUCGAGCACGACAAGUCGCCGGACGCCACCGUCACCGCCGGCACGAUGGGUUACCUCGCGCCCGAAUACCUGCUCACGGGUCGUGCCACCGAGAAGACCGACGUCUUCAGCUUCGGCGCGGUCGUGCUCGAAGUGGCUUGCGGCCGCCGCCCGAUCGACGGCGACGGCGACAACAACCGCAUCGCAGGCGGCGCCGGCAGCAGCACCAGGAGGUGCAGUAAUCUGGUCGAAUGGGUGUGGGGGCUGCAUGGGGAAGGAAGGAUACUGGACACUGUGGACCGGCGAUUGGACGGGGAAUUCGAGGAGGGAGAGAUGCGGCGAGCGCUGCUCGUCGGGCUGGCAUGCUCCAGCCCGGACCCGAUGACGAGGCCGGGGAUGCGGAACGUGGUCCAAAUGCUGAGCGGCGAAGCCGACCCGCCAUUCGUGCCGGUGGCAAAGCCAUCAAUGAGCUUCAGCACCAAUCAACAUUUACUGCUCAGUCUACAAGACAGCGUUUCCGACUACAACGCCAUGGGACUCAACCUCUCCAUGUCAUCAUCCUCUUCAUCUUCUCUAACGAGCACACUACGAGCCUGCGGCGGCGGCGGCGGCGGCGGCGGCGGAGAAGGGACAUAGGCACACCGUGCGGUGGUAAUCUCUACAAAAUUCACCAAAUACAGUACAUAUACAUGUAAUAACUCGAUUAGUUUGUGAUAAUUGUUUCCUGCUACGCAUCGAUUCUGUUACAUUCCGUAGAAUUCAUGCAUUCACUCAACUUAGCUGAUGUUUUGACCGGAUAGGAUUAGGCACAUCGAUCUUUAAACUUGUGGUGUAGGGUUGAAGACAGUGACUCUUCGACCAUUGUAUUA